AUGCUUAUUGGCUUAGAUCCUAAUAGUACUACUGGCUUAAUAAUGAAAAGCUUUGAAGCUCAUGGUUUUAAAGUUUCUGUUGACUAUCGACGAGAUGAUACUACAGGUUACGUUCAUUUAAAUUUACAAAUGGCAAAAGAAUUCGCUGCGCAUAUUAUGGCAAAGGGUGGCUUGAAAGUUGGCACCGAGACUGUGAUUCUUCGUGCUCUUGAUGGUAUUGAUGAAGCAAUGUAUUGGGGUGUUUAUGCAGCCACACGAAGUAUAGGUUCAAAGGCUACAAAUCAAUAUAAAACUAACAGUAAAGCAAGACAUACUAGACGACUUCAUCGACAUAGUCCGUAUUUAACAAAUUUUAAAAACAUUGAAAUCGAUGACGAUAUCGAAGAUCAACAGCAACAACUUUCAAUAAAAUUUCAUCUUAAUAAAUGUCACGGCAAUAAUCAACAUCAACAUCAUAAAAUUCAUCAUUACAAGCUGCCAGUCAUAGCAUGA